CAAGCCGUGAAGGGUGAGCCCACGAGCCUGUUUAGCCUGUGUGACGACAAGAUCAUGAAUGAAAUUUGUGCAACUCAUGUCCAUGAUGAUGAAACCUUUGACUCCGAAUCUCUUUUCAUCAUAGCAGGAAACAUUCUUAAACGAGCCACCCAUAUUGCUGAUAAGGUUCUUAAGGGUUCUCAGUCACACCAAGAGAACUUGGAGGAAAAGGUGCCCAAAGCCAACUCGGAGGAAAAGGUGCCCAAAGCCAACUUCAAGCCCCCACUAUGCACUCUCAAUCAACUUUUCGCCGAGAUGGCAUGCCAGGCACCGGGUGAUCAGGGAAUUGCGUACAAAACAACGAAAUCAAUACUUACUAAACUUUCAAGCUAUUCAUGGGAGACCAAGGUUGUGCUGACACUUGCUGCUUUUUCUUUUGAGUACGGGAAUUUUUGGCACCUUGCCCAAUCAUCGGACCAACUCGCCAAAUCAGUGGGAAUCUUGAAACGAGUACCAGAGGGCCUUCAAAAAUACAAGAACUCGAUCGAUGAACUUAACAAGGUGAUCAACGCCACAUUGGAAGUCAUUGAGUCCAUCUUUCAGUUGCAGAGGCUAUCGAUGAUCUAUGAUACAAAAGAUGUACCAGCAUUAUCAUCUGCCAGGGGCCAUAUCUCAGUGGACGUCUUCUGGGCUACCACAACUAUUGUAGCUUGCACGACUCAGAUGUGUUGUAUUAAAAGUGAUGAGGAGAAGACACAAAAGUUAUCGCCCUUUGCCAACAAAAUCAACUCCACCCUAGUCUUUCUAAAGACGCGGAUCGAAACUUGCUAUAAACAAAUAGAGCAAAUCAAAGCUUAUAAGCAACUCAAGAAAAUCAUCCGUACACAUACCGAAAUCAUGGAGGUUUUGAAGGAGUUGAUUUUUGCCAAGGAUAAUUUGCAGGAAAUUUUUUAUGGUUCUACAAAACAACGGGUUAGCAUCGAGGUGCUAAGAAAGAAUAAUGUUCUAUUGUUCUUUUCCGGCCUGGACAUCUCCACUGAUGACAUCUUGAUUCUAAAGUCAAUCGAUGAUGGAAUAAGGACGAAAGAUCAGUAUAAAAUUCUAUGGAUCCCAAUUGUAGAGAAGUGGACCGAUGAGCUGAAAAUGAAGUUUGAGACAUUGCAGUCUAAGAUGUCGUGGUACAUAGUGCAAACUACUGAACCGAUAGUAGGCAUAAGGUUUAUUAAGGAGGAGUGGAAAUUCGAGAAUCAGCCUAUCCUUGUCGUGAUGAACCCACAAGGGCAGGUGGAGCACACGAAUGCACUCCACAUGAUUCGAGCGUGGGGAAUGAAGGCCUUCCCUUUCACUAAAAAGUUUGAAGAACAGUCGUUGGUGGUGAAGGAAUCGAAUUGGUUCGGAGAUAUAAUGGUUGGAAUUGAUCAUCCAAAUUUGCAAGAAUGGAUCAAAGAGGAGAAGUAUGUUUUCUUCUAUGGAGGCAAGGACAACGAGUGGAUCCAACAAUUUGUCAGGAAAGCAACUUCCCUAGCAAAUAAUAAGGAAACAAAUAUUUCCAUAAAUUUUCUUUGCUUAGAAAAUGGUAAGAAAGGGGAGAAUGACGUCAGGAUCCGAGGGCAAUUCUGGAGCAAAAUAGAAAGCCUUUUCUUCUCCGCCAAGACUUACAAAGAGACCGAACAGAACACUGUAAUGCGAGAAAUCCAAAAGUUGCUUUCCUUCAAGAAUGAGAGUGGAUGGGCUAUACUGAGCAAAGGGUCUAAAGUGGUGGUCAGUGAUAUUGGAACGAAAAUUUCCAAGGCCUUGGAUGACUUUGAAAAAGAGAAGGGGAAUGUGCGUGAUAUGGGCUUUGACACUUUUUUCAAAACCAAGCUUGAUCAAGGGGAUCACCCUUGCUGCAGUGUUGACAUCCCAUUCAUUGCUGGAAAUAUUCCUAAUCAAAUGAAGUGCCAUCAUUGUCUCCGUGUCAUGGAGACCUAUCUCAGUUUCAAGUGUUGCCACAUUAAUUGA